AUGAAGGCCAAGGAAAACCUGCUCUUAUUUCCUUCUACCCCGGCGGCCGCCCUGGCCUCCACGCUGGCCUCUACGCUGGUCUGCACGCUGGCCUCCACGCUGGCCUCCACGCUGGCCUCUACGCUGGUCUGCACGCUGGCCUCCACGCUGGCCUCUACGCUGGUCUGCACGCUGGCCUCCACGCUGACUUGCACGCUGGCCUGCACGCUGGCCUCCACGCUGGCCUCCACGCUGACCUCCACGCUGACCUCCACGCUGGUCUGCACGCUGGCCUCCACGCUGACCUCCACGCUGGCCUCCACGCUGGCCUCCACGCUGGCCUCCACGCUGGCCUCCACGCUGGCCUGCACGCUGGCCUGCACGCUGGCCUCCACGCUGGCCUCCACGCUGGCCUGCACGCUGGCCUGCACGCUGGCCUCCACGCUGGCCUCCACGCUGACCUCCACGCUGACCUCCACGCUGGCCUCCACGCUGGCCUCCACGCUGGCCUCCACGCUGACCUCCACGCUGACCUCCACGCUGGCCUCCACGCUGGUCUGCACGCUGGUCUGCACGCUGGCCUCCACGCUGACUUGCACGCUGGCCUCCACGCUGGCCUCCACGCUGGCCUCCACGCUGACCUCCACGCUGGCCUCCACGCUGGUCUGCACGCUGACCUCCACGCUGGCCUCCACGCUGGUCUGCACGCUGGCCUCUACGCUGGUCUGCACGCUGGCCUCAACGCUGACCUCCACGCUGGCCUCCACGCUGGCCUCCACGCUGGCCUCCACGCUGGCCUCCACGCUGGCCUGCACGCCUGUGUGUUCACGCUUGUGA